GUUAAUACUCAAUCAAUCAUCGCUUGAAUACCACAAACUAUUUGAGUUUUGUUGCUGAGCAUGUGCAUCCAUUCAUGCCCACAAUUUCCCAUCUUCUAAUGGCUACUUCCAGCAUGAUAAUGCACCACGUCACAUAGCAAAAGUCGUCUCAAACUGGUUUCAUGAACAUGACAGUGAGUUCAGUGUUCUUCAGUGGUCUUCCCAGUCACCGGAUCUGAAUCCAGUAGAUCACCUUUGGGAUGUGGGAGAGCGGGAGAUUCACAGCAUGAAAGUGCAGCUGAAAAAUCUGCAGGAAUGUCAACAUGGACCAGAAUCUCAAAGGAAAGUUUCCAACAUCUUGUGGAAUCCAUGCCCUGAAGAAUUGAGGCUGUUUUGAGAGCAAAGUGAAGCCCUACUGAGUAUUAGCAUAGUGUUCCUAAUAAAGUGCUCAGUGAGUGUAUUUUAUAAUGCUGAAUUUUUCAUAACACAGGAACGCGUAGGCUACAAUCCGCCAUCCAGAACGAAUCGGUUAAGGAGGAAGAGUGAAUCAAACUAAAAGAUUCGAAUCAUUAAAAAGAUUCGUUUUGUAACACCCCCCUGCUCUCGUGUCCUUCACAGCGGCUCAAAUAAGCGCGCGCUUGGACUUCAGAAAAACACCUCAGAGACUCUAAGACCAGUGUCAUGGCGGUACAGCAGUGGCACAUCACUUUCCUCACAAUAUUGUGAUUACAAUUAGCACUGGUGCCAGUUAGGGAUUUUAAAACUAAUUCUACAAUGAAUGAUUCAGUUAAUUCUACCAAUGAGUCUUGUCCUGUCGUGUCUGUGUGUGAGGAGGACAUGCUCAUCAUUCCUGCGGUUCCUUACCUGCUGGACGCCUGGCUCGUGCCGCUGGUCUUCGCCCUCAUCAUGGUGGUGGGACUGUUUGGAAAUUCACUGGUUCUCUUUGUGAUUUCUAAACACAAGAAAAUGUGGACAGCGACAAAUAUCUAUAUAGCGAACCUGGCGAUGACCGACAUCACCUUUCUGGUUUGCUGUGUGCCUUUCACUGCAGUGCUUUAUCCUUUACCAAGCUGGAUCUUUGGAAAUUUCAUGUGUAAAUUUGUCAGCUACAUCCAACAGGUCUCUGCACAGGCCACUUGUGUAACCCUGACAGUGAUGAGUGUGGAUCGCUGGUAUGUCACUGUGUAUCCGCUACGCUCCUUGCAGUGUCGCACGCCGAGAGUUGCCACUGUGGUGAAUCUGGGAAUCUGGAUAGGAUCUUUCUUGGUGUCUCUGCCAGUGCCACUGUACACUAGGACUUUAGCUGGAGAAUGGUUUGGUCCUCAGGUAUUCUGCGCUGAGAUUUUCCCCACAACAGCUCACAAGAAAGCCUUCAUCCUGUACAACUUCCUGGCUGUGUAUAUGCUCCCACUGGUGACAAUCUGUGUGUGUUAUCUGGUCAUGGUGUACCAGAUGGGCCGGCCAGCUGUGGAGCCUGUCGACAAUAAUUAUCAGCUCCAGGUUCAGACAGAGCGCAGCGCUGCUAUGAGAGCCAAAGUGUCCCGUAUGGUGCUGGUGAUUGUACAGCUGUUUAUUCUGUGCUGGGGUCCCAUCCAGCUGUUCAUCCUGGCACAGGCAUUUAGCCCACACUUCCGUCAGGACUAUUACACAUACAAAGUGAAGAUAUGGGCACACUGCAUGUCUUAUAGCAACUCGUGCAUUAAUCCCAUAGUCUACGCCUUCAUGGGUGCCAACUUCCGCAAGGCCUUCAAGAAAGCUUGUCAUUGCUGUUUCAAACAGCGGGUAACCGUCGCCCAACAGCCAAACGCAAACGGAAACACUGAGAUGCACUAUGUGUCAUAGUGUAUGUGUGGAGAAGGACAUUUGACCUUGUGGGGACAUUUGGCUGGUCUCCAUGAGGGAAACCAACAUUUAUUUAUUUAUUUGUUUGUUUGUUUAUUUAUUUAUUUUACAAAGACUGCAGCUUUUAUCACAAAAACUAAAAGAGCCAAAAGGUUUAGGUUAAGGAUAUAUUUUUUAGGUUUAAGUGCAGUAGUAAUGGGACGUACAUCAGAUGCCCAUUAAUGCUGACUUUUUAUUACACUAAAUUUAAAGUUUAAUUCGUAACUUAAAGUACGAAUAGGUGCAAGUGAGUCUUUUACCAAGAGGCUACUUUGAAAACGGAUGGGUGUAUUGAAAUUAUUUGGCUGUGGAGGAAGAAGACAGCGAAAUGCCAUUAGACAUAAUGUAUUCUACUUCUCUUGGGUUAUUUCAAAUAAUAUGGACUAGUAUACAGAUAUCAACACUUUAAAAAAGUAACUUAUUAUGUACAGAAAAAUAACUGGAAAUUUGUGAUUUCUGCAGUGAUGAUUUGCAAAUAUGGAUGUCAAGAAUUGGAUGUGAAAUAAAUAAUUUGAGA